AGAUAUUCUUCUCUUUCAGCACCUCUACAUCCGAACAAACUUAUCUUACAAAAAAUGCCUCAACCAGGAAACACCCACAUAUUUUUGACAGGUGCUACAGGUUACAUAGGGGGUUCAGUACUCGCUAACCUCCUCAAUCACCCCAAGUCGGAUUCGUUUCAUAUUACAGUUCUCAUCCGUUCGGAGGAGAAACUACCAAAAUUCAGAUCCGUUGGGGUGAAAGCCGUGAUCGGGUCCCACUCAGAUACCACCUUGUUGUCGAAACUAGCAUCUGAAGCUGAUGUGGUAUUCGCCUGUGCGGAUGCUGAUAAUUUAGACGCGGCGAAAGCUAUCCUCAGUGGCCUCCAGAAGAGGUAUGAUGCAAAAGGUCGCGCCUCCAUCCUUAUACAUACGUCUGGAAUAGCCGUCUUGGGAGAUAAUGCAGCAGGAAAAUACGGGACCGAGACCAUCUAUUCUGAUCUCAACGUUGAACAGAUCGAGUCACUGAAACCUACUCAAAUGCACCGUGAGGUUGACUUGGAGAUUGUAUCUGCUGACCAGAAAGGUUUCGUAAAAACGUUCAUCGUUCUUCCGUCUACAAUAUACGGCAUAGCUUCUGGUCCCCUUGUUGACCUCGGAGUGCAACACUCUCACUCACAGCAAAUCCCUGCUCUAGUAAAGGCAAGUCUAGAUCGGGGGCAGGGCGGCAUGGUGGGUGAGGGAAAGAACCUAUGGCCGAAUGUUCACGUCGAUGACAUUUCUGAUUUGUUCAUCGCUGUCUAUGAUGCCGCUACAAAAAAUCAACCCACAGGCGGCCAGGUUGGGCAUGGUCUGGAAGGAUUCUACUUCGGAGAAAACGGCGAACAUAGGUUGUACGAUAUCAGCAAGACGGUAUCGCAGGUGCUCUACGAUUUAGGUAAGGGAAAGAGCCCAGAACCGACAACGUUCACAGAAGAAGAGCUGCUCAAGUAUUUCGGGGGGGCAUAUUUGGGCUCGAACUCACGUUGUCGUGCUGAGCGUUCGCGGUCCAUAGGGUGGAACCCGAAGUACACAACACAGGAUAUGCUGGCAAGCAUUAAACCGGAAGUCGAAGCGUCGCUCAGUGGGUGAUUUACACGGGGGCUCCGAGGAUAGCAAGCAUGUAUAAUGAGUUCAGUUGUACUUGUUAAAACAGAAAGAUAAGAUAAGAUAGGGAAAUAUCCUUUGAAUGACUGAUAAGUAAGUGUGCUUCUUUCUCUCAGCCUUAGCACGGCGCUUUCGAUGGUUAUAUCGACGCAGUCUAUAAAGACGGGCCGUGGUAGGGCCAUCGGAACUUUAAGUAUCGUCGAAUGUAACCAGGACAGGGUGAAUGCUAUCGAUACCGUCACGGGUCUUUUCAUCUU